CCAGGCGGCCGAGCAUGCGCAGGGCUGCGCCCUCUGGGAUCGCUAUGGCAGCGGCGUCGCGGUGGGUCGGGCCUCCGCUCUGGCGCCCGGGCAGGGGCGCCUCAGCGGCCGCGGGUACCACAUCCUCUCGGGCAUGAGCGGAGUCUCCCGCCGCCGCUCGCCGCCCCGCCCGCUUCUGCCGCCGCAUCCCGGCUGUGGGUCCGCGCCAGGAUCAUGCCCCUGACCGCCUACUGCUACCUGCGUGUCGUGGGCAAAGGCAGCUACGGGGAGGUGACGCUUGUGAGGCACCGGCGGGACGGCAGGCAGUAUGUCAUCAAAAAGCUGAACCUCCGAAAUGCCUCCAGCCGAGAGCGGCGAGCUGCUGAACAGGAAGCUCAGCUCUUGUCUCAGCUGAAGCAUCCCAACAUUGUCACCUACAAGGAGUCGUGGGAGGGUGGGGACGGUUUGCUGUACAUCGUCAUGGGCUUCUGUGAAGGAGGUGAUCUGUACCGAAAGCUCAAAGAGCAGAAAGGGAGGCUUCUGCCUGAGAGUCAGGUGGUGGAGUGGUUUGUUCAGAUCGCCAUGGCUCUGCAGUAUUUACAUGAAAAACACAUCCUCCACCGAGAUCUAAAAACCCAAAAUGUCUUCCUGACAAGAACAAAUAUCAUCAAAGUGGGUGACCUUGGAAUUGCCCGAGUGCUUGAGAACCACUGUGACAUGGCUAGCACCCUCAUUGGCACACCGUACUAUAUGAGCCCUGAACUGUUUUCAAACAAACCCUACAACUACAAGUCUGAUAUUUGGGCUCUGGGAUGCUGUGUUUAUGAAAUGGCCACCCUGAAGCAUGCUUUCAAUGCAAAAGACAUGAAUUCUUUAGUUUAUCGGAUUAUUGAAGGAAAGCUGCCACCGAUGCCAAAAGAUUACAGCCCAGAGCUGGCAGAACUGAUAAGAACUAUGCUGAGCAAGAGACCUGAAGAAAGACCUUCUGUGAGGAGCAUCUUGAGGCAGCCUUACAUAAAGCGCCAAAUAUCCUUGUUUCUGGAGGCCACGAAGGCAAAAACCUCCAAAAAUAAUGUUAAAAAUGGUGACUCUAAAUCCAAGCCUGUGGAUGCAGUGGUUCCUGGAAAGCCUGAAUUAAGUCAUGAAGUAGCUCCCCCUCAACCACACUCUUCUGAGAGCUCUAAGACAUAUGUAGUGGGUGAAGACAAAUGUUUGUUCCAGGAGAAACCUGUAGUCCUUGGCCCCUUGAAGAUACCCACAAGUCUGAAAGACUGCACCUACAAACCAGACGUAAGCAAUACUGCAGACUCACCAGCCACAAUCAGUAGGGUGCAUAUUGACAUCUUACCUACAGAGAGGAGGAACUCAGUGAAUGACGGCUUAGUUCAAGAGAAUUCACCACGACCCCUAGAUGCCUCUAAUGAACUGGAAGGUAAAUGUAAUAUUUCUCAAGUAAAGGAGAUGUCGCAGGAGAACGGUAAAUCCAGUGCUCUCCCUGGAAACCGAAUUCCCACAUCGUCCUCUCACUAUGUCACGGGAGAAAGGAAAGACCCAGUGAAGCCUCUGCAGCCCCUAAACAAAGACCAAAAUUUACCAAAAGACCAGGAUCAAGUUGCUGGUGAAUGUGUUACAGGAAAACAGAACAGAAUCCACCGAGCUUUACAGCCACACAGCUCUGGGUCUGAACCUUCCCAGUCUCGACAGCGGCGGCAGAAGAAAAGAGAACACGCUGAGCACAGUGGGGAAAAGAGACAGUUCCAAGAGAGUCUGCCUUGCCUUUUGCCUUCUCUUCCCACUGUUGGAAAGAUGGAAUGCACAUCAACACAAAAAGAUGCUGAAAACCAAAGUAGAGUGGUCACUGGAUCUGCGGACAGUUCGAGGGGCAGUGAGAUAGCAUCAUCAAAGGACCGACCAUUAUCAGCAAGAGAGAGGAGGCGACUGAAGCAGUCACAGGAAGAGAUCUUCCCCUCAGGCCCUAUAGUGAGGAGAGCUUCUCUGGGUCCAGCGGGACCAGCGAAACCACAGGAAGACCACCUCAGCCCUGCUCGAAGGAUGUCUUCCGACUGCAGUGUUGCUCAGGAAAGGAAACUCACCCAGUGUCUCUCAGAGGAUGAGUUAAGUUCUUCUACAAGUUCAACUGAUAAAUCAGAUGGGGAUUCCAGGGAAGGUAAAGGUCAUACAAAUGAAAUGACUGACUUGGUACAAUUGAUGACUCAGACUCUGAAGUUGGACUCUAAAGAGAGCUAUGAAGACCUCCCAGUACCAGAUCCAGGGUCAGAAUUUAAACUUCAUCGGAAGUAUCGGGACACGCUAAUACUUCAUGGGAAAGUUGCAGAAGAGGCAGAGGAACUCCAUUUUAAACAGCUACCUUCAGGUGCUAUCAUGCCAGGUUCUGAAAAAAUCAGAAGAAUAGUUGAAGUCUUAAGAGCUGAUGUAAUUCGGGGCCUGGGGAUUCAGCUUUUAGAGCAGGUGUAUGAUAUUUUGGAAGAGGAGGAUGAACUGGAAAGAGAGGUACAUUUGCAGGAGCACAUGGGUGAAAAGUAUGUGACUUACAGUGUGAAGGCUCGCCAGUUAAAAUUUUUUGAAGAAAAUGUGAAUUUUUGAGAAUUUAUCUAAUAUGCUGCCAGAAUAAAAUGAUUUUCAAAGGUUUUUGGCUUAAACAAAUACAAACAAACCUAUAACAAUGAUUGGAGGCCAUUCACCAUCCUUUUAUCUUGUUGGCUUUUUAACUAGAAAGAAAUUGGACAAAACAGUAAUAUUGAAGCAAGCUUACAAAAGAAAAAAAAAAAACCCUUGGGUAUCUUAUUCUCUUCAUGAAGAAAAAAAUCUAUUUUAAGACAUUUGUUUGAUUACUGUUUACUGAGCCUUAAACCAACAGGACACCUAAAACUAUUUUUUUAAGGUACUUAUGAGCUUGAAUACUGAGACAAAACAUUCUGGAUUGGAAGUUCUACAUUAUCCUAUAGUGAUAAAAGCAAUAGGGGAAAAAAUGACAUAUCCAGUGAUAUUUACUAUUAAUAACUGUAAGUAGCAGUUGAUAAAUUAUUUUUAUAUAAUUCUGGGAGUACGUUUAAAGAUAUGAAGUUAUACAUAGUACCUGAGCAAUUGAAUUUCUUUUUCAGCAUAUUAAUAUAAUUUAAUAUUAUAUUUCCAUUUACUAUGGACCUCAUUCAAGGUAUAUAAGAAUUGAAAGUAGGAGGUAUUUUGGCCCUGUAAAUCAAUGUUUUUGCAGACUGGGUUUUGUUUUUUUUUAAGAUUUAUUUUUCCAUCAGCGGAAACAUCUGUUAAACACUUAAUACCUUUUCUAAUUCAGCGAUUUUUAAGUAAUAACGUCCAGAUCCUUUCAGUUAUGUUGGACAGAUUUGUCUCCUGAAAUUUGUCUUAUACAUCAAGAUACCGAUUGUCUUCCCCUAUUUUAAAUGUAUAAUUGCAUAUCACAUAUUUUAUUUGUUGUUUAAUAAGGUAUAAUGCCCAUCUAGCAAGUAGCUUUUAUAAAAGUUUUGAUUAGUAUAUGCAGGACUCUACCUUUUUUGAAAAUUACACACAUACAUAAAAUAAUAAAAUGUUCCCUUUCUAGUCCCCUAAAAGACUUUUAUUUAGUUUUUAUUAUGUGUCAGGUAGUAGGCCAGUGCUCAUGGCCUAGUUUCUGAAGCUGCUUAAUUUUAUUUUGAUGGGUUUGUUAUAACACAACUCUAAAACCAUCUGAUCCCAGUGCCCAGCUGGGGACAAAUUUUUGGCAAACUGUUGGUCUUUCUGAGCUAUUUACCAUUUCUUGCACGUUUUAGAGAUCCGUAAUCUUUCUUGGGAAGUCAACUUUAGUUUUACUGAAGUUUUCUAACUUACUUGUGUAAAGUUAUAUAUAUUCCCUCAUACAUUUUUAGUCCCAUUCUAUAUAUUUUUAAGUCAGUUUUUAUGCUUCUGUUGUUUGUUUUGUGGUUUUUUUCUUGAGUGCCUAAUCAUUUUUCAGCUUUAAUUUUAAAACACAUUUUUAAGACUAAAGUUUCCUUUCAGCAUGUCUUUGGCCACAUUUGAGAGACUUUUGAUGUUUUAUUUGACAUUAGUUUGUAAAUAGUCAAGAAUUCAUGUUUUGACUUUCUCUUUUAAAAGUAUUUUUUAAUUUCCAUGUAUUUCCAAAGCCAAGAAAUUUCCUCCUUGUUCCAGCUACAUUGCAGUGUUAGUAAAUAUAACCUGCACAACCUCUA